AUGGAGACCUCGCAGCUGGUGGCCGUCCUCAAGCCGGACGUCCUCGCCUCGGUGUUGAAGGGCUUGAGGCCCCGAGCGCUGAGCGCCCUGCUGCGCAGCUGCCGGAUGGCUUGGGAAAGCUUUCAGAACAUGGGCCUUCGGCACUUCUUGCUGCCCAUGUGCCAGCUGUUGCUGUCCUAUGUCACUGUUGCUGUCCAGCUGCCGGUCCAGCUGCCGCUGAGCGAGCUUCCCGACCGCGCGCUGAAGGCGAUCUACCGCUGCUGUGCACCGCCUGAGGGCGGCGACCUGGUGGAGGCCUGGGAGCAGCUGCAACGCCAGGUGCUGCACGCUGGAGGAUCUUCGGCCUCUGUGCAUUAUCUCUUGGGCCUCAAGCUCCUUCUACACAGCCAACACGCUCAGCGCCAGUCUUUCUGGGCGCCGCUCUUCGGGUCCUCCGCCCGCUGCGCCCUGAGUCCCCCUGGCGCUGGAGCUGGUGCGGUGGUGCUGGCAACGCUGCGAGUGAGGGAGGUGAUGGAGGCGCCGGUGGUGCCGGAGGACAGCACUUUGAAACCCCUACGCGCAGUGACGGGGCGCUUGGUUCGUGCAAAGGAUUGGAAAGUGAUGUCUUGGAUGGCACUCUUCGCAGAGGAACGCGCCUGGGGUGGUGGUGGUGUCUCGAAAACCUUCGGUAUGGUGCUCAAGGUCUCUGCAGUGUCUGAGCCUGACAUCGCUGUCUUUGAAAGCCUACUGAAAUGGGACUAUCCUUCCAAUGCGAGGAGGACAUCAGGAAGACCAGGUUGGCGUGGUUACACAAAGUGCACUACAAGGGACACUUGGAUCUAUGAAUCCUGCGCUCGGGAGAGCGGCGACCAGUUCCAGACGUCCCUUAAGCAGCUGGUGCGCCUCACUUUGCAAGUGGAAGAUGAAGAUGCUGCCUCCGUGGUGGAAGAGGGCAUGAGGCGGCUCUUCUUCUCGGCGAUGCCCUUGGACCUCCAAUCCUACUUGGUCAAAGGCCGCGGCACAGAUGCACGGGUGCCCAUGGAUGCAGUGCCCCUGGUGGAGCAAGCUUUGGAGUGGUCCAAGGGGAAGGGCAAGGGAAGAUUUGGCUUUGGCCGCUCCGAAGGAUUUGGUUUCCUGGAAGGGUUUGGCCGUGAAAGCCUUGACCUCUUUGGAGGAGCUUGCAGCUUGGGAGGGAUUGACUGCGCUGGAGACAAUGGAGGCUUUGGCAACUUUGGCGAAGGGUUUUUGCACACUGGAGACUCUUCCAGCUUCGGACAACCCCCUGGCUUUGGAGGAGCCGGAGACCCUGGAGGCUUUUGCAGCUUUGGAAGACCCUUUGGAGGAGCUGGAGACCCUGGAGGCCGUGGCAGCUUGGGAGGACACAGGUUUGGAAGAAACUCUGGCGGUUUCGGAGCAUUUGGCAGCUUUGGCCACCAAGGAACUUCCAGUUGA